GGAAGGAAGGACGUGCAAAAGGCGCACUGCUGUGCACUUGAGCUCCACUUGCGUUGUUAUCGCUUGCCAGCCUCUCUCCCCCGCUUGACUAUUGCUUCCCAAUACGCCCACGUUCGCCCGAGAUGGCGAGCAACAACGCGUACCAGCCGCUGGAGAGUGUGGAGGACGAUGAAGCGGAAGACCAGUACAUGCAGCCUGAAGGCACAGCUUCCACGAGGAGGAACUUGAUGCCGCACCAUCAUGUGGACGAUGAUGUUGACGAUGGAGACAGUGACUUUGAUGUGGAGGUGCAGCCGUCAGCAGCACACGCAAAGGAUGGGGACGAGGAGGAAGAUGGCGUCGGCCACGUGGUCGGAAAGCCAUGGCAUGCUCGCACAACAGUACGGCGGUUCAUCAUCAUCUACGGCAUCACUUUUAUCUGCGCAGUACUGGUCCUGGUGGCGGUUAUUGUGGCCAACAGCAACGCGCACGAGUCCGUCGGCUACAAGCACGGGGCUGUUGCUGCGGACGUGGGCAUCUGCUCUGAGAUUGGCAGAGACAUCCUGAAAAAGGGCGGAAACGCCGUGGACGCCGCCAUCUCCACCACGCUCUGUCUCGGCGUGGUGAAUGGCCAGAGCAGCGGCAUAGGGGGCGGCGGGUUCAUGCUGGUGCACAACGGGACCACGGGCGCAUCGCACGUCAUCGACUUCCGGGAAAUGGCGCCAGCCGCCGCCACGAGCCACAUGUACAGGGCAUUCAACGCCUGCCUGAGCCACGACGCAGCCGAGCAAGAGUUGUGCGCGUCGCGUGUUGGCGGCCUUGCGUCAGGUGUUCCUGGCGAAUUGCGCGGGCUUGAGAAGGCGUGGCAGCUGCACGGCCGGCUCAGCUGGUAUGACCUCGUCAUGCCAAGCGUCGAGCUUGCACGCAACGGCUUCAAGGUGUCGGAACACAUUGCAGCCAGCAUUGAACAGAGUUAUGACCGUGCGCGUCCGGCGCUCCGCCGCCUGUUUGAGCAAAACGGGCGCCUGCUGAAGGAAGGUGACACCAUGAAGCGUCUAAAGCUCGCAGACACACUCGAGAAGGUUGCGCGUGAUGGCGCGUCUGUGUUUUACGAGGGAGAAAUUGCACAGGGGAUUAUCGAGGCACUCAGCAAUGACUCAAUCCCUGGCAUCAUGACGUUGGAUGAUCUCCGCAACUACACGCCAGUGGUGCGAGAUGCGCUCACAUUCAACUACGAAGGCUUCGACCUCUUCCUCGCACCCGCGCCUGCCUCUGGGAGCGUGCUUGGGAUGAUUCUGAACAUCCUGGACAACUACAACCUGACCGGCACCACCCCCAACGAGCUCACCUGGCACCGCAUCAUCGAGAGCUUUCGCUUCGCAUACGCCCAGCGAACAAAGCUUGCAGAUCCGUGUUGUGGCGAGACGUGCACAAACACGACGCUCUGUGACCGCGUCACGUCGUUGCAGCAGGAGAUGCUCAAUCGAUCCCAGGGCGUGCACUGGCACAACCGUAUCACAAACGUAACACACCACGAUCCAAAGUAUUACGGUGCAGAUUACGACAUCGAGCCCACACCCGGCACCACCCACCUCUCUGUUGUUGACAGCGAAGGAAACGCUGUUGGGGUCACGUCGACCGUCAAUCUCUACUGGGGAUCAAAAGUGCUCACCAAACACGGCAUCCUCAUGAACAACGAGAUGGAUGACUUUGCCACGCCAGGUGUCACCAACGCCUUUGGUGUGCAGCCAUCACCAGCGAAUUACGUCGGGCCCGGCAAGCGCCCGCUGUCAAGCUCUGCGCCCUGCAUUGCAGUCAAGAACGGUAGUGUUCGGGCGGUUGCGGGCGCCUCUGGCGGAACCAAAAUCACCACGGCGACUGCGCAGGUCCUGUUGAACAUGCUCAACUUUGGCAUGCUCACACGACAGGCCGUCGACAGCCCACGCGUCCACGACCAGCUGCUGCCGGACGUUGUUGCCGGGGAGAGGGCGUUUCCCAACAAAAUUCGUGUCGCUUUGGAGGCUCGCGGGCACAAUUGGGUACAGGUGGACAGCAACGCCGUUACACAGGCCAUCUACGUUGACACGGAUGGGAUCAUCUAUCCGGCGUCCGAUAAGCGAAAAGGCGGACACGCUGCCGGUUAUUAGCGCACAGAGACGAGAGAGAGGUGGGGGGGGGGACUGAGUGCGGUGUGUGGUGUAUGUUGUGGUUUGAAUGAGUGGACGAGUGAAUGUAAACGGGCAGAAUGUUGCAUGUUGUGUAGUAUGUUGUAAAUCCUGUUUCUUCGCCUCUCCUUCGUUUUGAUCACCAACUGAUGACGAGCCGGUUGUGCGGUUGUAUUGUGUAUGUUGCGACUGCAUUGAACGUUGAGACCACAAUGAACGAACGCAACAACUG